AUGCCGAAACGAAAAGCCACUGCGAAGGUUGUAUCUUCCAGUGAACAGAACACACUAAAGGAGGCUAGAUUGGAAAAUAUCACAAUAUGCAGUCCCUCAAGAACUGGGAAGCGAACAGACUACCUAAGUUGGGAUGAGUAUUUCAUGGCGGUCGCUUUUCUGUCUGCCCAGAGAAGUAAAGAUCCCAACUCUCAGGUAGGAGCUUGUGUAGUGAAUGGCGACAGGAAGAUUGUUGGAAUAGGAUACAAUGGAAUGCCGAAUGGCUGUAGCGAUGAUGAGUUACCGUGGGAAAGACAUGGAGAAGAUGAGUUGGAAACAAAAUAUCCUUAUGGUAAAAUCAGUUACUGUACCUUUGUAAGCUAGUGAGGUAAUUUGGGCUUGUGUGCAGUCUGUGAAUGACACAGAUCUGAGACGAGGUUCGGGAGAGGGGUGGAGUUGUUGAGGCGGGGCAGGGGGUGGGUAAGAAGAACUUGCCUCGUAUGGGUUACUUUAUUGGUUAUCGGUGUAUUUAUUUCUGCUAUAUAAGGAGUAUGAGUUUAGGAAGUCUUUGUUAUUUAUUUGAGUGUAAUCAUACAGAAUUCUUCUUUUCUUGUGCAAGCAAUUACCCUAAACUUCUGCUUGUAAGCUCCUCCUCGCCCACUUAUAAGCUCCCCACAGUUAAACCUUCAAACCCUAACAUCAAAAUUCAAAAAUUCUCAUUUGUUAUCCCUAUACAUGGUGGUGGGGAGAAUUUGUUGAAGUAUCAAUUAGAUUCAUCUAGUGUGAUCAUGUCCUUAAUUCUCAUGACCACUCUAUUUUAUAAACUAGUGAUAUUACAAGCAGAAAUUUGAUGCUCAUCACUUAGGGCUUAAAGGGUUAAGGAGGCCAACUAUCUGAAAACAAAAAAUGCAUCUAUUUAUAAGCCCCCUUUAGUUUGUAUUGAAAUGAAUUUAUUUUUAUAACAUUUUGAAGCUCAAAAAAGUGAGUAAAUUCAAAAGUAUUUUGAUCAUUUUGACCAAGCAGGAUGAGCUCAGUCACUAGAGCACUUGACUGUAGAGCAGGAGGUCGCAGGUUUGAUUCCGGGGACCAGACCAACACUCAGGGUCUUAAAAAUGACUGAGAAAUGAAGGUACUACCUUUGCCCUGCAAAUGGCUAGACCUUUGCAUGGCUCGGAUGACCACGUAAAAUGGCAGUCCCAUCUCCAGUAGGAGACAUAAAAAUAGUGUCCCCAAUCGGUACUUUUGUGCUAAAUACAUUGACACUUAAAUAAAGUGCUUUUUUUUUAUCAGCACUGCUAUAUGUAGCUUGUUUUGAAAUGCUUUUUUAGUCUAGUUAUAAGCCCACUGUUUAUAAGCACUCCUAAAACCCCUUACAAAGUUGUAUAAGCCCAGAGGUUGUAAGCGGAAGGUUAUGGUAUUGGCUUUAGCCACACAGUGGCACCCUGUGGUACAACCCUUUAAUACAACUGGCACAUUAUUACAAACCCUUUUUUAUGGUCUGAAAUAAAACUUCAGCUAUUUACUUGUUCUCAGCCUCGCUAAUACACCAACAGUAUUACCAUGACCAUUGACCACAUUUUGGAGUCCCUGGUCCUAUUUUCUCCACCAUUAACUCUUCAUUGUUAACCAUGACUGUGACAUAUCACCAUCACUUGAACUGUCUCCCAUCCUUCAGGGAGUGCUUGGUAUUUUGUAAUUUUCCUUUAACAAUCUCAACCAUGCACCAGUUAGCUAAAUGUGUCCCAUUCCAUUCCCAUUCCGAUCAAAACUGUUUUUGUCUUUUAGUUUGCCAUGCUGAAAUGAAUGCAAUCCUGAACAAGAAUGCAGCAGACAUCAAAGGCUGUUCCAUUUAUGUAGCUUUGUUUCCAUGCAAUGAAUGCACCAAAUUAAUCAUUCAGGCAGGGAUCAAGGAAGUUAUAUUCUACUCUGACAAGUAUCACAACCAGCCCAUUUGUACGGCAGCUAGGAAGCUUUUGGAUAUGGCUGGGAUCAAAUAUAGGUAAUCAUUUUACCUUCCAGAUCUUUGACAUGCUUCAAUCCAAGGAGGCCUUAACCCUUUAAACCCUAAGAUCAAAAUCAGAAUUCUCAUUUGUUACCCCCUUUCAUUUCCUACAGAGGUAGUGGGGAGAAGUUGAUAAAAUAUCAAGCAAUUCAUCUUGUGUGAUCAUGUCCGUAAUUCUCAUGACCACUCUGUUUUACAAAGCAUUCAUAUUACGAGGAGAAAUUUGAUGCUGAUCACUCAGGGCUUAAAGGGUUGACAGAAGGAGCUGCUCUCAGUUUCAGUCGCAUGAAGCACCUAGGGUGAUUCCUACUCCCCCUACCCUCAGAGUUGCUCCAUCCUGCAUAUAUUAUACUAUACAUGACACCUCACACACAUUACACGUGUUUUUUACACCUGCAGAUCAAAAACUUUGAUCACAUGCAUACAGUACAAUAAUUUUACAUGUAUAGUGUACAAUUCCAGAAAAAAAGAACAACCAAAUAGGUUAUCUUACUAAGAUAUUUGCAAUCUUGAGUAUGAAGGCUAGAUCUUGGCAAGAUCUCAUGAUACUUUGCCUCCAUGAUCUUGGCAAGAUGGUGCCAAGAUUUGGCACUUUGCACAUCUACUUUUAGCAACCCUUGGAAAUAAUAAGAACAUCUUGCAUCAUGUCUGGAAGUCACCGGAACGUUUUUGGCAUCGUUGGGAACUGCUCAGAUUUUUUUCAAAAAUUCAGGUGAUGUGGAUACGAAAUUCACACACAUCACUUAGCAAAGGUAGGAGGUAUAUUCCACAAUGAUGUGGGUGGUCAGAGACAAAGUGAAACAAAGUUUCUGUAAAGGGAACAAUGCAAUAACAAGGCUUGAACCUGUAACAACAGUUUCAAAGUCUAAGAGUUACAUGUAACCACAAGAACACUAUGCUCCACCCAGACCCACGUAGAAGUUAGUCAAUACAAUGUUUAUUUUGUGAGAAACUGUUGCUAUGUGAAUAGGGUGAUGUAUAAGAGCUUGGUAUUAUCUACUAAGCUGAUAACUUUCAUCAGCUAUAGGGAUGUGAUUCAAAAGUUGACCUUACAAACACCAGUGCCUUGUUACAGUAAAAGCUCUAACCUGAGAUCAGGCCCAAUUUUAGCGGUUCUCAUAUAUUCUCUCUAAUGGCUACCGCUAAAAUUGGAAUCUGUUUUCAUUUCACCUUGCCUGCCAGAAUGUUAUUACAAAGGGAAACGAAAAUUGAGCCGGAUCUCAGGUUAUCAAAGCUCACAUUGUGAGACUCGCUUAAAUGCCAGGUCCCUUACUUUAAAUUCAGCACCUUAGGGAAAGAAUGUUGGUCCUCCAUGAUAGAAAGAAAUACAAAUGAGGCUUGCAGCUCAUCACAAAUGUUUCUGAAAUCUCAACAUCAGAUCAAAAGUUUCUAAGACCAACAAUUCUCUACGUUCCUUUUACCACUUCUUAACCUUGGCUCUCCCUCUAAUUUCAAUCUUUUUUCCGUGUCUUAUUUCCUUAUUCUCUCUGCAGGCAAUUCAAACCAAAGAAAAGCAAGAUAGAGAUUGAUUUUACAAGUAUUGAUGGCCCAACUGCAAAAGUAGCAAGUUGGUCUGUUUCAUCACCUUAA